UGUAUGUACUACACAACAUCGUAGCGUGGACAAUUUCGGACUAAAGAGGAUCAGAAACGAUUACAUGUACAGCAUAGAUAGGAUAAUAGGAUAGGAGUUAGAUGUGUAUGCACAUCCAUACAUAUGUAUCGUGUUCUAUUGUAGUUGCUCGUGAAGUUACAUUGUGUUGACAAAAUUAAUAAAACCUAAUUAAGCCGGUGAAUAGAAUCGAUUUAAAUUCAUAAUAAAUAAUGGGUCCGCCGAAGCGGUUUAAAAAAGAUAAUGAUCGAGGCAAAUGGAAGAAACGUAAAGAAGAUCCUGAAGAGUACAACGACGAUGAUUCUAUAGACGAUAAUGAAGCAGACGGCGUGCCAGAUGCAGCCAAAAAUGAUGUUGAAAAACAAGACGAAACAGCGUUGGAAGAUGAGUUCGGCGCAAAAGAUUAUCGUUCUCAAAUGAUUUUGAAACCUGACUGUGCAUCAAGACCACUUUGGGUGGCACCGAAUGGACACAUUUUCUUAGAGUCCUUUUCACCUGUCUAUAAACAUGCACAUGAUUUUUUAAUUGCUAUCUCUGAGCCUGUGUGUCGACCAGAGCAUAUUCAUGAGUACAAACUAACUGCUUACUCAUUGUAUGCUGCUGUUAGUGUUGGUCUUCAAACACAUGAUAUUAUAGAGUACUUAAAGAGACUUAGUAAGACUAGUAUUCCUGAUGGUAUUAUAGAGUUUAUAAAAUUGUGCACAUUAUCCUAUGGCAAGGUAAAGCUAGUGUUGAAGCAUAAUAAAUAUUUCGUUGAAUCACCUUAUCCCGAAGUAUUACAAAAAUUAUUGAAAGAUCCAGUGAUUCAAGAAUGUAGACUGAGAAAAAAUAUAGAAGAUGAAAAGGAAGAAAUAAUUACGAAUGUUCAGAGCAAAACAAAAACUCCACAGUUUGGAGCAAAAGCAGUGACUAAUGUUCCAGUUGGAACAACAAAAGUGCCUGAGACUACCACUGAUCAAGUUCCAGCAGAAGCUGCUGCAGUUCCAGAAGACAUAACUACCUUUUAUGAUAAAAUGGACAAAGAAGACGAAGACGAGGAAGAGGAGCAAGAAUUAAAAACUGUUAGUUUUGAAGUAAAUCAGGAAAAAAUUGAAGUCAUACAGAAGAGAUGCAUAGAAUUGGAGCAUCCAUUAUUAGCAGAAUAUGAUUUCCGCAACGAUAGCGUAAAUCCGGAUAUCAAUAUCGAUUUGAAACCGUCAGCAGUACUCAGACCUUAUCAAGAAAAAAGUUUACGAAAAAUGUUCGGUAAUGGACGCGCCAGAUCCGGUGUAAUUGUUUUACCUUGCGGUGCUGGUAAAAGUUUAGUCGGUGUAACAGCUUGUUGUACGGUACGAAAACGUGCGUUAGUAUUAUGCAACUCCGGAGUAUCAGUGGAACAAUGGAAGCAGCAGUUCAAAAUGUGGUCCACUGCCGAUGACUCGAUGAUAUGUCGAUUCACAAGUGAGGCCAAAGAUAAACCAAUGGGCUGUGGGAUUUUAGUUACAACUUAUUCUAUGAUCACACACACUCAAAAGCGUUCGUGGGAAGCUGAACAAACGAUGCGAUGGCUUCAGGAACAAGAGUGGGGAAUCAUGGUUUUGGAUGAGGUACACACGAUUCCUGCAAAAAUGUUCAGAAGGGUUCUGACUAUUGUCCAGUCUCAUUGCAAAUUGGGUUUAACUGCAACUUUGUUGCGUGAGGAUGACAAAAUUGCAGAUUUAAACUUCCUUAUUGGUCCCAAAUUGUACGAAGCUAACUGGUUGGAACUCCAAAAAAGAGGUUUCAUCGCGAGAGUGCAGUGCGCCGAAGUUUGGUGUCCCAUGACACCAGAAUUUUACAGAGAAUACCUUGGUUGUAAAAUGAGCAAAAAGUUGUUACUCUACGUUAUGAAUCCUAACAAAUUUCGUUGCUGCCAAUAUUUAAUACGGUAUCACGAAAGGCGUGGCGAUAAGACGAUUGUAUUUUCAGAUAACGUUUUCGCUUUAAAGCAUUAUGCCAUUAAAAUGAAUAAACCAUACAUCUAUGGUCCUACUAGUCAGAGUGAACGAAUACAAAUUUUGCAAAACUUCAAGUUUAACACCAAAGUGAACACAAUAUUCGUGAGUAAAGUGGCGGAUACGUCGUUUGAUUUACCUGAAGCUAAUGUCUUAAUUCAAAUAUCGUCGCAUGGUGGUUCGCGACGUCAGGAAGCCCAACGAUUGGGUAGAAUUUUAAGAGCCAAAAAAGGUGCGAUUGCGGAGGAAUAUAACGCAUUCUUCUAUACGUUAGUUUCGCAAGACACAAUGGAGAUGAAUUAUUCGAGAAAACGUCAACGGUUUCUCGUGAACCAAGGAUACGCUUAUAAAGUUAUUACAAAACUCGCAGGAAUGGAUGAAGAGCCAGACCUAAUGUACGCGACUCGAGAAGAACAGGGACAUUUACUGCAACAGGUUCUCUCAGCUAGUGACAUGGACGCGGACGAAGAAAGAAUACCUGGAGAGGGACCUAGACCUAUUAUGCGUAAGGCUGGUAAUAUGACUUCAAUGUCGGGUGCUGACGAUGCAGUCUACUAUGAAUACAGAAAAGCCCCUGGAUCAUCUACUGCAAACAAGCAUCCAUUGUUCAAGAAGUUCAGAGCAUAAUCAUUCUUUGCCAUAAGUGUAUAUAACUGUAUUUCUCAAGUAGUAUCGACUCUAUGGCUAACAAAGAGAAUCUUUUUAUUGAAGAAAAUUGUUAAUAGAAUGCGCUUUACAACAAUGACAAUCAAUAAUUCCCUUUACCUACAUGAAACACUUGAUGUCUUGUAGUUAUUAGUACAGUCAUGUGCUCGCUGGUACGAUUUACGUGGCAGUAAUGAAAUUUACGUACAUGUAAACCUUCGGUUCAGUUGACAUAGUAAUGCGAUAAGGAUAUAUCCGAUAAGUCAGUUUACAGUAAGCGAUAACUGUGUCCGUAUUAAGGUAGCACAGGAUCUCUUAUUUGCAGAGAACCCUUGUCAAAAUCACGAAAAAAUAUUAUAUAAAUAUUAGACUGUGUACAUAUUUAGUUACGUUUUUCUAAAUACAUACUAAGUUAAACUGUAAAAGAAGCAACUGAAAUAAAUGAAAGACUAUACACCGAU